CUAACGCUAUCAAUUUAGCUGUCGGUGAAUAUACGAAACGUCGCGUGUUAUAUAAUGAAAUAACUAGACUGUGGUCCGCAUUCAAAUCACGAUUUUUGAAAACAAUAACAAUUUCCCUAAUAAAAUAAUUGCUGCAGUUAAUGAACACAGCAAAAAAUGGUGAUUUGUGUGUUUGUAAAUACACAACAAACAAGAUAAAUGUGUCAAUGCAGCAAUUGAGAAAGAGAAACAGUCAACAAAAUAAUAAGUUCGUCCAAUAAAUUUCAAUUGAGAGCGCCAAUAGAGAAGUAGAAAAAAUAAUUUAGUUUCCAAAUAACCGUCACAUUUGUACAUUGUGUAGCGUCUCAUUGUGUCAACGUGUGUUGUGUUCUUAUUUUCGGGGUUGCAUAAAUUAACAGCGUGACAAAACACAAAAAAUACCUAACAAAUAUUUGCAUAAUAAAGUUAUUAAAAUAUAGUAAAGGCCAUCGUCGUCGCCGUCGUAGCUGAGAUCAGCCAGAAACAAAAACAAACGGAAGAAUUUGUAACAAGAAAAAAAGACCAAAACGAAACGAAAAUCUUGAAUUUGGAAAAAAAAUAUUUGUUGUUUAUUUUUUUCAUCUCUGCUUUGUGUUUAUAUUCCGGCUCAGCUGUUUGUUGUGUGCGAGAGAGUGGUGUUGCCAACCUCUCAGUUGUCAUCUAUACUCCGGGUUAUACGGUAAAGGUAUCUUGAAAUACCACUAAGUUUUUAUUUCCCUCAUUCAAAAUUUCUGACCAUCGCGGUACGACUAGAUCUAAGCCUGUGUUAAAAAAAUAAAUAAAUAGAAAUUAUGAGUGAUCAAAAUGAGGCAGCUGGCGCCACAGGUGGCGCUGAACAAACAUCAACAACAGCAACAUCACAGCCUAUUCCUGCUACACCCAGAUCCAGUGCCACAACUCCUACCUCAUCUGUUACCGGUGCACCAGUCAGUCGCCUAAAGGCUCCAACAAAUUUCAGCGGUUCAUCGUCUUCAGUUUCGAAAAUUGGACGACCAUGCUCGCAUUCAGUUCCAAAGGCAGGCCCUCCACCCCGAGACACAAGCAGCAUGAGUCGUGAAAGCGAUGACAAUUUGAGUUCAAUCAAUUCACAAUAUACAGACCUCUAUCAGGAGACAGUUAAACGUUUUACACGUUCGUCAUUGUCGCCCGAAAUGGAUCGUUUCUCUCCAUCACGCUAUUCAUUCAAGUCAAGUUCUCCAUACGAUUUUUACGUAGAGGCCACAGGCCGACGACGCAGUUCAGAUCACGGCGCUAUACUGACACACGACACGGAACAGUUUAUCAUCGGACAGAGGGUAUGGGUUGGUGGCAUACGUCCCGGGCAAAUAGCCUAUAUUGGUGAGACACAUUUUGCCCCAGGAGACUGGGCUGGCAUAGUGUUGGACGAACCCAGUGGUAAAAAUGAUGGUUGUGUUGCCGGUAAACGUUACUUCCAGUGCGAACCAAAGCGUGGCAUAUUCUCACGCUUGACUCGCCUCACAUUGGCUCCACUGCCAGGAGCCUCAACACCAACUUCGCCACUAUCAAAAAUGUCGCCAGAUCGCUCACGCACCGUAUCGCCCACAGCCAGUAUUCGCAGUUCAUUCUUGCGUAGUCCAGGAAAAAAUGGCUUGACCGUUGGUGAUCGCGUUAUUGUGUCCUCCGGCUUUGGCAGUCGCCCCGGUAUUCUACGUUAUUUGGGCGAAACACAAUUUGCCUCUGGCAAUUGGUGCGGCAUUGAACUCGACGAAGCAACUGGCAAAAAUGAUGGUUCCGUGGAUGGUGUCAGAUAUUUCGAAUGCAAACCCAAAUAUGGUGUCUUUGUGCCAAUCGCUAAGGUCUCAUUGUCACCAUCAUCGAAAAAGUCGCGUCUCUCCCGUACCGGAUCCCGUGAAUCUCUCACAUCAAUUGGCACAAUGAACAGCAUUGCCACGACGAAUACAUCGCGUUUGCGCUUGAAUGCUCAGCGCAAAUCGUCGUCAGCUAAACCCGUUGCUGUAACAACGCCAAAAACACAAUUUUCGAUGCAGGAUAUUUUGCGCGAGAAACAACAACACAUUGAACAAUUGAUGAUCGAACGCGACUUGGAUCGUGAGGAUUCACAGAAUCAGGCAUUCCAGUACCAGAAGAAUAUCAAUGAGUUGAAAACGCGAAUAGCUCUGUUGGAACGCCAAUUGAGCGAGGAACGCAAGAAAGCGGAAGACCUGCAGUUCUCGAUUGAUGAGGCCACCUUCUGUGGCGAUGAAUUAAAUGCACAAACACAAGUUUACAAGGAAAAAAUUCACGAGUUGGAAACGAAAAUAAAGGAUCUUUCAUCGGGAAAACACGUCGCUGACGAGAGCAAUGAGCAGCUGAACGAAAAACUUGUCGAACAGUCAAAAGUUUUUGAGACCCAAAUAUCAGAGACACAAGACGAGAUACAACGUCUGCAGGAAAAUAUCCAAUAUCUGAAGAAGCAAAAUGAGACACUGCAGGCGGAACUGGUGGAAAAGGAUCAAUCUUUGGAAAAAUUCUCUCUCUCGGAAUGUGGCAUAGAAAAUCUACGCAAAGAGUUGGCUAUGGUCAAGGAGGAGUCGGAGAAAGAACGCGCACAACUUCAAACUGACUUUGGACUAAAACUUGAGGAAAAAUCUCAAGAGAUUCAAAAUUUGCUGGAACAAAUGAAGAAUCUCAAAUCCUCAGUAAGUAGUGUGGAAAGUGAACGUGCCCAUCUGGAGGAUGAAUGUCGCAUACUGCGUGAGGAGUGUAAAUCACGAGAUACACAGGUGGCCGAUGUUUCGGCCCAAUUAGCCAAGUUACAUGCAGAGUUGUCAAUCAAGACUGCGGAGUGUGCAACACUCGAUGAGCUCGUUAAAGCCCAACAAAUGGGAAGCAGCGAGGAGAAGAAUAAACUUGAGGAAAAGACAAUGGAAGUAACGAAGCUGAAGCAAGAAGUUGCCACGCUACAGGAAGUUAAAAUCGCACUGGAGUCAAAUUUGCAGACAGCUACCGAUGAGCUCAAGAAGCUGGCGCAAAUACAAAGUAGUAUCGAGGACAAGCUUAAGGUAGCACUUGCCGAGGAUGAAUCCAAGAAAACUGCCAUGGAUGCUUUGGAGAACACCAUGAAAGAUUUACGCCAAGAAUGUGAGAAAUUAGUAGCAGAGAAUCAACAACUGCAGACCCAAAUAAAAACGCUUUCUUCUGAUUUCGAUAAAGAAAAGUCGGUCAACGAGUCAUAUGUCAGCCAAAUGUCUGAGAAAGAAAACCUUCUAGCCGAUAUCAAGACCUCUCUUGCAACCGCCCAAGAAACAAUUGCAAAAUUACAAAAUGAUUUGGAACAGGCUCAUAAAAGCAAUGAGUUGGUGGUGGCGGCCAAAAACCAAGAGAUAACAGAACUGAAAGGAGAGAUAGAAAAAUUCCAAAACAAAGUUACCUCUUUGGCUGGCGAGUCGUCGGUGGUCGUACAGCAACUCAGUGCCAAAAUAACCAACAUUGAAAGCCAAAAUAAAAGACUAGAAGAAGAUUUAAAGAACUCCAACAUCACUAUCGAGGACCAGCGCUUAAAAUCAAUUCAAAAGGAUGAACUGAUUGCUUCCAAGUUAUCCGAACUUAAAUCCACAACAACUGCCUUGGAAACUUCCACACAACUUUUGGAGAAACUCAAAAGCGAACAUGAAACAGUGCUAAACCGCAAACAUGAGUUGGAGGACGAGCUAAAGAAGAGUGAAGAACGCUAUGCCCAACAACAACUGGAUUUGGGCGACCUCAAGCGCAAAUUGGAGAGUGCGAAUAGUAAAUGCGAAGCCCUCGACCAGCAGAAUGAGACACUGCAGCAGGAGAUUAUUGCAGUGAGAUCUUCGAACACCUCGGUUCACAACGAAGUCAAGAAAUUGAAUGAUGAAGUUCAGCAGAAGCAAAAUGAAAUUGCCACAUUGAGUAGUUCAGCUAAUGAGGAGCGCAUCCGUUUGACGGGACAGAUUGAGGAAUUACAACAGAAGCUUACCAAUAGCAUUAAAGAUUAUACCGACCUAAAAGAGUCGCUGCACAAGUCGAAAGAGGAAAUCAACAAAAAAUCCCAACAAAUCACCGAGCUGGAGGAGAAGAACAUCAAACAGGAACUCCUGCUGAGUGACCAACAGCGCCAACAAGAAAAUCUGCAAAGCAAAUUCGAUUCACUCGUGAAACAAAAUGAAUCACUACAGGCUGACCUUACUUCGCUGCGAACAUCGACUACAGACUCGAACACAGAACUCAUGAAACUAUCGCAAGACUUGGUCAGCAAACAAAAGGCUUUGGAUGAACUUGUCGAUAAGUCAAGCACAGAACGCGCCGCACUCGAAAGCCAACUACAGGCCAGUCAACAGAGAAUCGAUGGCAUGUGUAGCCAAGUGGAGACCUUGACCCAAGAACUCAAGAAUGUGACCGAAGAAAGCUUCAGUCGUUACGAACAACUCAAACAGGCCGAGGAAAAAUGCGGCAAACAGGAGUUGGAUAUGGGUGAUCUGCAACGCAAACUUGAUAGUUUUGUGAACAAGUGCGAAAGUCUCGAAGAACAAAACAAAGCUUUGCAAAACGAUCUGGCGGCCUUACGUCAAGGAUCCGCAGGAUCGAAUGCCGAAAUCGUAAAACUUACCGAGGAAUUGUCACAGCGGCAGAAACAACUUCAGGAACUCAACGAUAAGACCAACAACGAGCGUCUAUCUGCAGAGUCCCAACUGCAAGAGGCUAAACAAAGUAUAGAAAGUCAGCAGCAUGAACUGGAGACUCUUCGAAGUCAACUAAAUACCUUAGAAAUCGCCAAAAAGGAACAGAGUGAAGCUUUUGAAAAUGCUAAAAAGGAAUUGGAGGCAAAGUGUCAAGCCGAAAUUAGGGAACUUAAGGAGGCGGAAGGGGCAAAACAAAGAUCUAUCAUUGAGAGCUUUGAGGCUCAACUGAAAAACUCCGAACAAUCAAAAUCAACAUUGGAUGAAGCAAUUUCCAGUCUUCAGAAACAAAUACAGCUGCUACAGGAUGAGUUGCUCAAGUCACAGUUGGAUUUCAAGGCCAAAGAGGGUGAUAUGCAGAAGCAAAUUGCAGCCCUUAAAAUCGAAAAGGACCAAAUGUAUUCGAACUUACAGAAGGCGCAAAAUGAUGGCUCCUCGGCCGUUAGUGAUUUACAGCAGGAGAAUACAAGACUUUUGCAGAGCAUAGAGAAACUAACGCAAGAUCUAAAAGACAAGGAUUCGCUGGUUAUCAAAGCUACCAGCGAGGCGGAGCAAUUGCGCAUUCUGCAAUCGAAUACAAAGUCCGAACUAGACUUGGAAUUGCAAAAACUUCGCAAUGCCCUGGAACUGUCCUCCUCCGAAUCGGAACACAAGGCCAAAAUUGUGGAAGAUAGCAACAGAAAGAUAGAAGAACUCAAGUCCAUGAUCGCGUCUUUGAAGACAUCCAAUGAAAACAUAUCCGCCACAAACGCCCAACUAGCCGAAGCACUGGAAAUUCUCGAACAAGAGAAAUGUGAAACCGCCCAUAUAUUUGAAAUAUUCGAAAUGGAAUCUGAUCAAAAUGUUGAAAAACUCAUCGAGAAAUUAUCCCAUUUAAAAGAAGAACUUGCCACUACCCAGCAACAGCUACGCACAAAGCAGGACGAACUACGGGAGAAGGAAGAACAUUUAGCUACAAGCAAUUUGACACUGCAACAAACUCAAACAUCACUUAACGAGGCACAAACAAAUGUACUCCAAACGUCGACUCAACUCAAUGAGUUGCAACAAGCCAAUGCAGAGCUAAAGAAGCUGCACUCGGAUAUGGAGGAGAAGCUGAAACAACAAAAGGAAUUUGAACAACAGCUCGAAGAGUAUAAGAAGAUAAUCGACGAAAUGGAUGACACAUCAACUGAGAAAAAUGAUCAACUGCAACAGUUACAAGCACAAAUUGUCCAAUUGCGGGAGGAACAGUCGAAGGCUGUGGAAAGAGAACAAAAUCUCCAUACCGAAUGUGCCACCUUACAACGAAAAUUGGAAGUAACCGAAAUGGAAAAGACCAAGGAGAUAGUAGCUCUGAAGCAGCGCAUUAGUGAUCUACAGUCCAUUGGCAAUCUGAAGCAAAAUGGUAGCGGAUUAAGUUCCGUUCAGGGGGAUACUGAAAAUGGCGACAGUGCAGCUCAAAUAAGUUUUCUAAACUCCAUCAUAGCUGAUAUGCAGAAGAAAAAUGAUACACUAAAGGCCAAGAUUGAAGCACUAGAAGCAUUGCCAACGGACUACACCAAACCACAUGCAUUCGACCUGAUAGCCAAGCGUAAACCCGCGCCCCGUGUAUUUUGUGAUAUUUGCGAUGAAUUUGACAAACAUGAAACCGAAGACUGUCCGCUACAGGCUUCUGAUGAUAGGCCCUACACACCUCCACCAAGGGCAGAGAGAAACAACAAUGAGCCGAAAGAAAGAAAAUUGCCUGAACCAAGAAAGUAUUGCGAAUCAUGCGAAGUUUUCGGACACGAAACCGGCGAAUGUGAUGAUGAAUGUUACUAGUAUAGUCUUUAUUUUAAUAUAACUGCAUGUAUCUAGUUUAAUAUUUAUGAAAACUCCUUUACAAUCAAUGUCUCCAACCGAUUCUAAAGACAAACAUCCAAACUAAGAGAUGUAAUUGUGAUUUUAUGUAAAAUCUUUUGAUGUUUGUCACACAUUUUGUGCUUUUGUUUUUAUGUUUUUAAUUUCUUUUGUUCUUUCGUUUUAGUUUGUACAAUUAACAAUAAAUGUUAUAAAUUCAGUUCUGUUUUGUUGAUGUGCAUCAUUUCUAAAUUAUAAACUAUUUUGAUUAAGAACAAUUAUUAGAAAAAUAUCAAAUUCAAAACUACUAAUAAAUAAAUUAUUUUUCAACUCAUGAG